GCGUUUCCGCUCUUUAUCGGCUGAGAGCUCUCAUGGCCGCUUCCUCUCUCGCUCCCCUCCAAGCUAUCGUCUUCUUCCCCGCUUUCAAACCGCGCUCUCUUCUCCCGUCCUCGAAGAAACCAUCACGCCCUCGUAAUCGAGCUGCCGGACGACCCCUUUUCUCUCGUCCGAUACUCGCGUUGGCCGCAACCAUCGAGUCCACCAAUGGCGCUGUCUCCGCGCCAGUGGGGAAACCUUUGGAGCCCACGCCGUACGGAAGGCAGUAUUUCCCCUUGGCCGCUGUUGUUGGGCAGGAUGCAAUAAAAACAGCUUUAUUGCUUGGGGCUAUUGAUUGUAAGAUUGGAGGAAUUGCCAUCUCGGGUAAGCGUGGAACAGCAAAGACAGUGAUGGCGCGUGGUUUGCAUGCCAUGCUUCCACCUAUUGAAGUAGUUGAUGGUUCAAUAGCAAAUGCAGAUCCCAAUUGCCCGGAAGAGUGGGAAGACGGUCUAGCUGAUCGAGUUGAAUAUGAUGCUGCUGGUAAUGUCAAGACAGAGAUUGUCAAGACACCUUUUGUGCAGGUUCCACUUGGUGUCACGGAAGAUAGGCUAAUAGGAUCUGUUGAUAUUGAGGAAUCUGUGAAAUCAGGAACAACUGUAUUUCAGCCAGGCCUCCUUGCAGAAGCCCAUAGAGGUGUUCUAUAUGUUGAUGAGAUAAACCUUUUGGAUGAGAGUAUUAGCAAUCUGCUGCUUAAUGUUCUGACUGAUGGAGUUAACACUGUGGAAAGAGAAGGAAUAAGCUUUCGACAUCCAUGCAAGCCUCUUCUUAUUGCUACCUAUAACCCUGAGGAAGGAUCUGUACGUGAACACUUACUUGAUCGUAUUGCAAUAAAUCUAAGUGCAGAUCUUCGAAUGAGUUGUGAUGACCGGGUUGCAGCUGUUGGUAUUGCGACACAGUUUCAGGAGUCUAGCAAGGAGGUUUUCAAAAUGGUAGAAGAAGAAACUGAAUUUGCAAAGACUCAGAUCAUUUUGGCAAGAGAGUAUCUCAAAGACAUAACCAUCAGCAGAGAGCAACUGAACUACCUAGUCAUGGAAUCACUACGAGGUGGUUGUCAGGGACAUAGAGCUGAGUUAUACGCUGCUCGAGUGGCAAAAUGCCUAGCUGCUUUGGAGGGACGUGAAAAAGUCAAUGUGGAUGACCUUAAGAAAGCAGUAGAGCUAGUUAUUUUACCCCGGUCGACUGUCAAUGAAAACCCACAAGAACAGAAAAAUCAGCCACCUCCACCACCACCGCCGCCUCCACAGAGUCAAGACUCUGCAGAGGAUCAAAAUGAGGAAGAAGAUCAAGAGGAGGACAAUGACCAAGAAAAUGAGCAACAGGAGCAGCAAAUACCUGAUGAGUUUAUCUUUGAUGCUGAAGGGGGGAUAUUAGAUGAGAAGCUCCUAUUCUUUGCACAACAAGCACAGAGACGGCGGGGAAAAGCUGGGCGAGCCAAGAAUGUUAUAUUCUCAGAGGAUAGAGGCAGAUAUAUAAAGUCCAUGCUUCCAAAGGGUCCUGUAAAGAGACUGGCUGUUGAUGCAACACUAAGAGCAGCUGCUCCAUAUCAAAAACUGCGAAGGGAGAAAGACAUUAACAAGACGAAAAAAGUUUUUGUAGAGAAAACUGAUAUGAGAGCAAAAAGAAUGGCCCGGAAAGCAGGUGCCCUGGUAAUUUUUGUAGUUGAUGCUAGUGGAAGCAUGGCAUUGAACCGUAUGCAGAACGCCAAAGGUGCAGCACUGCAACUACUAGCAGAAAGCUAUACAAGUAGAGAUCAGGUAUCUAUCAUUCCUUUUCGUGGAGAUUAUGCAGAAGUUCUCUUACCUCCGUCAAGGUCAAUAGCAAUGGCCAGGAAACGCCUUGAGAGGCUCCCAUGUGGUGGUGGUUCUCCCUUAGCACAUGGCCUUAGCACGGCUGUUAGAGUUGGACUAAAUGCUGAAAAGAGUGGGGAUGUUGGACGUGUUAUGAUUGUUGCCAUUACUGAUGGAAGGGCUAAUGUAUCACUGAAAAGAUCCACUGACCCUGAAGCUGCAACUUCAGCUGAUGCUCAUAAACCUUCUGCUCAAGAAUUAAAGGAUGAGAUUCUAGAUGUAGCUGGAAAAAUAUACAAAGCAGGGAUGUCGCUUCUAGUUAUUGAUACUGAAAACAAGUUUGUAUCUACUGGAUUUGCCAAGGAGAUCGCACGGAUUGCCCAAGGGAAAUAUUAUUACUUACCAAAUGCUUCUGAUGCGGUUAUCUCUGGAACAACAAAGGAAGCAUUGUCAGCCUUGAAAAGUUCAUGAGUGCUUCAUGAUUGCCAAUGUGUCAAAAUGUUUCCAUUUGCGUUGUUAUAUUCUAUCUGAUUAUUUCAGUUGUAAGAGAAAUUUUUUGGUAGAAUGCCUAGAGAAAGCAUUUUUGAAUGUCAGCUCAGAUCAUCAGUUGGUUUCCGGUUAUUUCAUGGCCAGGAUCAUGAACCAAGCUGUCUUCAUUGGAGAAUGAAUGUGAACUUUUUUGUGUUAGCUUCAAGUGGGACGAUGCCAUGCUAGUUCCACAUUUCAGUAUAUUUCAGGCACUUGGAAAGAAUGUUUAGGUACAUGAAGAAACACUUGGAAAUAUGUAUACGCAACUUACAUUAAUGUUCAACUGACAGAAUGGAGUGGUGACUGGAAAA